GCUAACACCUGCUGUGUUUGGUCCGUUACGAACAAACCUUUAAAUUAGCUGAAAAACAUCCGUAUAGUUACAUAGUUCAUUAACUACACAAAUUACGUUUGUUUUUAUAUCCUGUUGUUUCAGUACUAGUCGACCUAUUUGUGUGAUGCCUGCCUAAAUUUGAACCAAGUCACCGAUACUCCACCCACAUAUUCGUAUUUGGCAAUAUGUAAAGACAUCAUGGCGUCCAGUGCCUCUAUGCGGAGUUAUUCAUUUGGGAGGCAAACCUCUUUCUCCAACCUGUCUUUGAGAGAUAGUGGGCGUGGCCGGUCCAAAGUUGCCGUCUCAUUUGUUGCAGCCAAGCCCCUCUCUCGGUCUGUCUCAAUGAGUAUGACUGACCUGAAUAGCCUGAGUGGCCUAUCACUCAAUGGCCUGGGCAACAGCACCAAUGAGAAGGAAGCAAUGCAAAGCCUCAACAACCGACUGGCUACGUACCUGGAGAAAGUGCGCUCUCUGGAGAAGUCCAAUGCUGAUCUGGAGCUCCGCAUUAAACAGCUAAUGUUGGAACGAGUGCCCAAAGGGCAUGACAUAGAAUCCAUGCUGGCCCAUGCACACACUCUGGAGCAAGAGGUCAGGAAGAAAACUCUAGAGAAUGCCCGCAUCAUGUUAGAGAUUGAUAAUGCCAAGCUGGCUGCAGAUGACUUCAGAAUCAAAUGGGAAGCAGAAAGUGCUAUGUGUCAGUCCGUUGAAAGGGACUGUGUGGCUCUGAAAAAGGCCAAGACAGACCAUGACCAGAUCAUUUCCACACUGCGUGGAGACCUGGACAGCCUGAAGGAGGAACUCUACUUCCUCAAGAAGAACCACGAGGAGGAGAUGGAUAGCCUGCGUGCGCGCAUAGGCCAGGAGGGGGUCAGUGUGGAGGUGGAUGCAGCCCGCGGCCCUGAACUGGGCUCUGUGCUGUCUGAACUGCGCUCACAGUAUGAGGGCAUCGUCCAGAAAAACAAAGAGGAAGCUGAGAACUGGUACCGCAAGAAGCUGGAUGGGGUGCAGACGGAGGUGCGUGAGAGCAACGAAGCCCUGCGUGGUGCUCGGAGCGAGCUCACCGAGAGACAGCGCUUCCUUCAAACCCUGGAGGUGGAGCUCGAGAGCCUCCACAAACAGGUCGCUGCCCUGGAGGGUAACCUGGGCGAGACAGGUCAUAAGUAUGCCCAGGAGAUGGAGCGUUUGCAGGCUACACUCAACCAGCUGGAGGAGGACCUAUCCCAGCUGCGGCUGGACAUGCAGCGCAACAAGACCGAGUACGAACAGCUCCUACGCAUAAAACAGAACCUGGAGAUGGAGAUAGCCACAUACAGGCGCCUGCUGGAAGGAGAGGACACUAUUAAGGAAGUUCCUCCACCCCCCAAGAAAGAACCUGACGUUCGCACUAGGAAGAUUGUGAAGGUGGUCACCCAGACCAUGAUCAACGGGAAAGUCGUGGAUGAAUCCAGUGAGGUUGAACAGAUUGAGGAGAGUAAGAAGUAAAAUCUGAGAAUUUUGGCCCAAAAUAAAGUCCCUAUUGUUAACUAGGGGCCACAUUAGCCGUUGGAGCCUGGAGACCCCUGAAUAACUCAGAUUACUUUUUCUCACUACAAAAUCCUUUCAAACAGCUCAUCUUUCCUGAGCUUUUUUCAAGCCACAUAAUGCAGCCCAUUACUAGACAGAGUCAUCCAUUUUAGAGUCAACACUGGACAAGGAAUUAAGUCCUAUCUUUGUUUCUUGUUUUUAUCAAAAGGGAAUAUGUUUUUUUUUCCCCUUUCUUGCAGUGUUUCCCUGUAGGUCUGGGAAGUUCUGAGGCUUGUUGAAACUAGUCAUCUGUUUUAAUUAAUGAUUGAUAGUGUAGGUUCUCCCAGUUGUUAAAUGACAAAAAUCAAAAUGUAUUUUAUAAAUGUGGGUACAUAUCUGA